UCUUUGACUGCCGUUCGACUGCACACUGAGUUUGCUUGAAGCUUGUACAUGCUCUUCACUCAAAACACUUGCGACGAUUAUCUGAGCGACCUCGUUUUUUCACUGUUAACUCAUUGAGAAAUCUUUUUCCGGGAUGUAUCGAAAACUUAUCUAUUUCCCUCGACUUGCUCGAGGAUUGGCUACUACCUCUGGGUCUUCUAUUUUACCCCCUGCUACCCUGCAUCUGAAGAGUGGACAGUCAUUUCUGGGUCGUUCAUUCGGAGCGCCUAAAAGUAUUUAUGGGGAAACCGUCUUUUCGACUUCAAUCACUUCGUAUACCGAGUCUAUGACGGACCCCUCGUAUCGUGGCCAGAUUCUGGUCUUCACUACACCUCUGAUAGGAAACUACGGUGUCCCCUCAAAUACGGCGCCUUUCGAUGCUCAUGAUGUCGGGGUUGUUCUUGAAUCUCAGGGAAUUCAAUGCGCCGCUGUAGUGGUCAGUGACGUAGCAGAAAGAUUCUCUCAUUAUACCGCGGCCGAGUCCUUGGCUUCUUGGUGCCAACGGCACGAUAUUCCUGGCAUCACUGGAGUCGAUACUCGAGCCAUCACGAGACUACUGCGCGACCAGGGCACAACCCUUGGUCGUAUCACUGUGGGAUCGGAUACAUCUUUGCCAGCGCCCAAGGCGGACGAGUUUUGGGACCCUUCGCUCGAGAACCUAGUCGAUCAGAUCUCUACCAAGGAACCAUACGAAAUCAAUCCUAGUGGUUCUUUAAAAAUUGCCCUUCUCGAUUUUGGUGCCAAGGCUAACAUAUUGCGUUCACUCAUUCGUCGAGGUGCUGCUGUCACGGUCCUGCCUUGGAAUUAUGACUUCAAUGCUGUUCGUGAUCAAUAUGACGGACUAUUCUUGAGCAAUGGUCCCGGUGAUCCGACGCAUUGCAUGGAAGCAGCUCUCAAACUUCGCCCUACAUUGGAAGAGUGGUCUAAACCGGUGUUUGGUAUCUGCAUGGGUCAUCAGAUUAUCGGUAUGGCUGCUGGUCUAGAUGCGUACCGAAUGACGUUCGGGAACAGGGGACACAACCAACCUGUUCUCGCACUCGCUUCAUCAGGAUCCAUCAAAGCAGGUCGUGUCUAUGUUACUAGCCAAAACCACCAAUACGCUCUCAAACUUCAAGAUCCCUUUCCACGCGGCUGGGAACCAUUUUUCAUCAAUUGUAACGACUCGUCUAUUGAAGGGAUAAAGUCAACCGCGGAUUCAGGUAGAAACGUUUGGGGUGUGCAAUUUCAUCCUGAGAGUGCUGGUGGUCCUCUUGAUACGAUAGAGUGAUUUCCUUGCUGAAUGUUCGGCUCACAAGUAUGGUACGGUUCCGCUUAAAACCGACGAGACUCAGGGUGUGUCAAAGAUGCAAACGUUGGAGUCGGCCCCCAAGAUUGAGGUUGCUGCUUAAUUG